ACGAACGGUUAUCAUCUGCGUCUCCUCCUUUCCUUCCGUUCGAAGUGUUGAGAGCCACAUAAACUAACGCAGAGUUGUCUCAUCGCACGGCCAAUAACAGAAAGGAAAGCUUUGCUCUACAGCUGGGACAGUUUCUUCCUUUUUAUUUAUCGACGUUUCGUUAUUAUUGCGGGCGAAAAGAAGAUGGGCGUUCGACAUCGUUACGUUACACCUCUCAAUUUGCUGAACGAUUCAAAGCAAUUCUCGCAAUCUUUACGCAAGUGAAUCAAUAUGCUCUGAGUGGUGCCGAUGGGCCUCAAUUUUUUUUCAUACAACAGAGUGGCAAACUGUACAAGUGUAAUCUAAUUACAUACUGCAAUAACGUGAUCUAGGUCUUUUUUUUUUCAUUCGCUUUUUGGAACGACUUUAGACGACAGUUCUCUAAGUCACUUUACACUCGGCUUGAGCCGUGCGACGUACAUUAGCGAAGACCUAAUCAGCCGUUAGUCGUCCCCAACUGGUACCUACAAUGGCGGCCGAAAUAUGGCCAUCCAGGAUCGUCUAUGGCCGACUGUUGGUCUUGUGUUACCUUGCCGUGCAUCACGUCGGUGUCGCUUACGAGACCGACGUUAAAGACGUGUGGAGAGACAGCGAUCAGGCAUUCGCGCAGAGUAAAUGCUGGCAGAAAGACAUCCUGGAUUUGGAUGCUGGUUGGACGAGCAUUCGGUCUAGUGGGCAGCAUCAUCACCACCAUCAUCAUCACCGUCACCAGUAUCUGCCCGAGUUGGAACCGAUGCGCAUGGAGAUGAGGCCGCCGUACGGAAUCCAAUCGCCUAAUCAUCACGUCACCGUCAAAAUGGCCAUCGCUUACGGAGGCGUAGCUCGUCUGCCCUGUCCAGUCAGGCAACUGGGCAACAAGACAGUUUCUUGGAUGAAACAUUCUGAGGACAGCGUCCAACUACUGACUGUGGGCAACGGAACGUAUUCCAAUGACAAUCGGUUAGCCAUCGCGUGGCGUUACCCCGGCAACUGGACGCUGCAGAUAUCUUCGCUCGAACUGCAGGACACCGGCUGCUACCAGUGUCAAGUCAAUACACAUCCGCCUAUCGGCCUCUUCGUCUAUCUGCACAUUCGAGGUCCAGCUGUGGCCAUUGUGGACGAAGGAAACAUUUCUAUUAGCGAAGCUGUUUUCAAAAAUGGCGCUUUAAUCCGGUUGGUGUGCCAAGUGCGACAGGCCGACAGGGACAAUUUCUCACUGCACUGGAAAUUCGGAUCGACCAUUCUCAAUCACGACACACAGCGAGGUGGUGUCAGUGUCAAGACGGAGCGGAAAGGUCGGGACGCUGUCAGCUGGCUUCUGAUGGCUAGGGCGAAUUCACGCGAUUCGGGAAUCUACAGCUGUUCAGUGGACAACCGGUCAGAGGCCAUCGUGUCUGUUCACGUCAUCCAAGGUGAACAGCAGGCGGCCGUUCAAGAAUUGACGGGCGUGGCCGUACGGCACUUUAGCGUUUGGAUUCUUCUCUUCGUGAUUGGUCAUUCGGUACUUUACUGACGUUGCAUCUCUCCAUUUUUUUUUAGUUGUGUGUUAUUAAACAACUCUGCCGUACCUAUUUUGUGUACAUAAGGCGAAAACGUCUACUUCUCGCCAUAAAAAAAAAAACGAAAACAAAUAAAAAAAUGAAAUAAACAUACGUAUAGAAAUAAAAAAUGUCCAUAUCUCAUAAAACCCUGUCAUUGUUUAUAA